ACGAUCAUUCUGGCGUCAAAGGGGCUCUUCCUUUUGAAAAUUGACAGAGAAACCAAAAAACUUGUUAAAAGAUGGAAUGUAAGUCGUUCUUUUUCUUUACGGCAGUCCUCGCAUACUAAACCGAUAUCAGUUAUGCACAUGAACAAAACAUCGACCCGACUGGCUACUGGGUCUGGCGACUGUUGCAUCCGAAUCUGGCAUGUUGGCGAACGAGAGGGAUACGUGGCCAGUUGUAAAGCACACACAUCAAAAAUUACGUACAAUCUUCUCUUCUCGUCUGCUCUCGGUGAAGUUGACCUCAUUGUAUGGGACACUGAAAAUGGCAACAAAGUAGCCACACUUGUUGGCCACCAGGGUGCCGUAUCGGACAUAGCUUUUCCCGAAACCGGUUCUGAAUUUGUGACGUGUGGUCACGACAAAGUUUUCAUCCAGUGGUCCUCUGAGACUUUCGAAAAAGUUAAAGUUUUCCCCGUUCUCGAGAGCCUCACAAGCAUUUCUUAUCUACCGAAAGGCUCACUUGCCAAUCACCUUGGCAACUCAGCACAUGAGAAGAACUUUAUUGUUACUGGUGGCCAGUGGGGUGUUUUGCGCGUGUGGGACACCCAGCGUGGCGUCUGCACACUAGAGGUUCGUGGUCCCAGUCUCUUCUCUGAUGCCGAUAGUCUAAACCGUCUGGGUUUUGGCCUACAUUCGGUCUCCACCAUCCAGCGAUUCACUGUUCCCUGUCUUCCUAACAAUUCGGACGUCCUUAUGGUCGUGCGCCAGAGCAGUCACGUAGAGUUCUACAACGCUGCCACCCUAAAAGUCUUUAAUCAGUUCAUUGGAGAAAUUGGACCUGUUACCCAGCUGUGUCUCAUGGGUAAGGCCAGAAAUCACCUAGUUUUGGCGGAUGCCUCUUCAAACCUCAAGUUCUUCCCCUCGCCUCCGCACUGCUCUGCUGCCUCUCCCAGUGCGGCCUCUUGGACCUGUCGAUUGGUUCAGGGUCCUCACACCAAUGUCAUCUCUGAUCUUGCCGUCUCGAGCUGUGGCCGGUGGCUCGUAUCCGGAGGCCACGACCAGUCUCUUUGCGUUUGGCAUUUAGAAGAGACCGAUAAGGAGGGCUCUAUGUCUGCCCGACUUGUCCCCCUUUUCUUCGGCAAGGAAUUUCACGACGCCCAUGUAUCCGCCGUCUGUUUCUCCAGGUAG